GUCAAAUUGACUUUAAACUUAAAGUAAAAAGCUCAUUUGCUGUGAAAAUCGGUGAAAAAGAAAAUUAAAAUUACCGUGUGGUUCAUCAGUAUCACUAUAAAUAAUAAUUAGAAUUCUUUUCUUUAAAAUAAAAGUUACAUUACGCGGUGAAUAGUGAAAAUUUUCAGUCCAAUCCAUUAAAUAAAUUCAUUAGAAUGGCAGAAGAAAUUCAAAAGAAGUUGCAAAAAGAGUUCGAGCUUUUCAAUAACCUGAAGAAAGAGUAUCACAAGGCAGUUGCACUGAAACAACAAUUAGACAGUCAAUUAAAUGAAAAUAAAGUUGUAAAAGAAGAACUUAAUUUAUUGAAAAAGGAUGCUGAAGUUUACAAACUCAUUGGGCCAGUAUUAGUGAAACAAGACUUGGAGGAAGCUAAACAAAAUGUGGCAAAACGUUUAGAAUAUAUUAAUAAAGAGAUCAAGAGGUCCGAUGGAAACAUUUCAGCACUUGAAAAUAAGCAAGAAGCAGUUCACGAGAACCUUAACAAACUCAAAACUAAUCUUGAUAAUUUAAAAAUAGCAGCAUAACAUAUUUUAAAAAUAUUUUAUAUAAUGUUUGUAUUUGUAAUAUCCGAGCUUGUAACAAAUUAAUAUCUUUAAUUUAUUCCUUAAAACCUUAUUUCUUUUUUUGUCUGUUUGUGUUUGUUGAAGCAGCAGCAGCAUCACUGGGAAAUUGAUUUAAUUUAACCCAAUUUAAAAAAAGUUUAUAUUAAAAUUUAUGCAUUUGAUAGAAACAUAGAUUCUGUAUUUAAUAAUUUUGUUGUUUCAUGUUGCAUAAAUAUCCAUUGCUGAUCUGUUGUUUGCCUUUAAGACUGGUUUCACAGUGCUACGACUGUCUGCAUGGUUGAUAUUGUUCAUAUAAUUCCUUGUAUCAUUUUUCAUAUUAGUGCUGACAGACGGCAUGUUUCUUGCAAGUAAUUUUCACCUUUUUGCGACAUGUGGGUUAGCUGUCCUGUGAAACCUGCCUAAAUCAGUUAAAAGUAGAAAUUCAUCAUUAUUCCAUGAAAAGAUUGAUGUACUGGAAAUAUCUAUUACUUCCUACAAUAAAAUGAGGUGACCAUAACAACAACAAACCAAAUACAUCAAAGUAUGAUGAAACUCAAACUAUAUCAGUAAUAUAAGAUCAAUCAAUUUGUUGAAUACAACUUGAUGCAAAACUAAAGUUGAAUGGUUUUAUCUAUAUUCCUAUAUUCUCAUGAUGUAAACUAUUGCUAAUAAAAUAACUUGCAAAAUA